CAACGACUAACAAUUACUAGAUCUGUUUCAUUCACGGCAUCAAAGGACAGCCAACAGACUAAGGAAGCUAGAGUGAACAACGCUUGGAUCAGUUUGCGGAUUUGCCAACAUAGUCAACGUUGAAGGAGAAUAGAAGUAUAUAGCAAUCUUGAGCUGUUUGCUAUUUGGUUGACUUGAAUACCAUAAGAAUUUGGCCAAGAAACAUAAUUUUGGCCAAAGAUGUCCAACAGACAGAAACCCACAUCAUCCAAACUCAAUAGUUUCUUUAAAUUCUGUUUAACGCCCAAAGAAACGUCACUCCAUGAGAUCCUACGACUGGACGCUGCGAAACCCUCUGACCCAAUCGAUGCAAAUGAGGUCGUACAAUUACUUCUACCUGGUAUCAACUCAUUGCAAUCGCGCCUGAGGACACUGGAGGAAUUGAGCCAAAUUAUUUUGAACUACCCAUUUCAGCAUACCAGCGAGCUCUGGGUUGCAGUGUCAGACCUUUUAGAGGCUGGGGUCCCACACAAUGCUCGUAAGACUGCGUGGAACUUUAUGAUUGCCUGCAUACAAGGGCAGUUUGAAGACCUUGGGAUGUUGCGAGCUAUUUUCUACCAGACCAUUAACAGUCAUGAAAUUUGGGAGGAUUUUGACGAUAAACUUCAAGCCCUCAAAGAGUUAACUAAUAACGGCCGUGAUGUAUAUGGAUUUGAGAAGAACAUUGUCAGGCUUCUGGCCCACUGGAUCAGCUCAAGCUUUGAGCAGGCUAAAGUGACUCAACAUAUGAGUCAGCAGCGGGUGGGCAUGCAGAAAUCAACGACCUCAUUAGCGACACUUAGUAGUACACCUCAGUCAAUACUUCUUCAAAAACCAAUUCCUCACUUUAAUACCACCAUGGCCCUCCUCGUUAACGUCGUUCGAUUUAAUUUUGUAUUCUUUGACGAACUUGAGAUCGCAAGCCUACUAGACCUGUUGCACACAAUAUGUAUCAAUGCACCAGAAGACACAUCACAUACUCUCGGAUUUCUGGAUGUUAUUGUUCGAUAUGGGUUUGUACCAUCCGAGGGACUUCCAACAUUCUUGAAGAUCUUGUGUCUUACAGCCCUCUCCGAUCUUUAUAAGGACCAGGCGUGGACUAUCACUAGCAAUCUAAUGAAAAGCCACAGCGCGCACAGCUCAAUUCGACUUUUGUGCUUAAACUUGCGAUCAAAGAACGAGUCAACUCUCACAUUAUCUCAAACGAAGGUUGUGCAGGGAUCCAUCCAGUUGCUGCAGCGCUCAGUCUGGAGUAAUAAUCCAAUUGAUACCCUCACCGUGUCCAACUCUACAAUACUGUGGUCACUCAAAAGUGCUAUUGAUUUUAAAUCAAAGGAGAUUGAUCAAGACAUUAUUCGCAGUCUACAUGUAUUAUUGGAGGGACCUAAAUCUUUGGAGCUUGGUGAUCUUGAAUACGAAAUUAUAUUGGACAUCCUGGAACGACUAUCAAAACUUGUUAACGAGAAGCCAUUAGAUGAAGCACCAGCUACAAAGCCAUUUAUUUUCCGACUAGGAUAUAAUUCUGCUGCACAAAACCACCAACAACAGCCUAUCAAUAGCCUUCGUGACGCUUAUGGUAGUCUAUUAUUUAAUUUUAUUCGUCUCUACGGCGAAAAGCGGAUUCCAGGAAUCGCUGGGCGACUCAUGAGCCUGUUGGCAUUGUUGCAGGACCACCUUCCAGAAGAUACCAUGUUGCUGCUGCUUGACUAUUAUUUCUCGGAGCAUCAGUUCUAUCCAUAUACCCCUAAUUGGUUAGACAGACUUCAUGCCCUAGUCCGGGUCUCUGUAAUUGAAGAAAAGCGUCCCAAGGUUCGAGCAAGAGCAUUUGCGAUCGCUCUAGAUGUAUAUGAAUCGUCAUUAGAUUUUUUUCAUAACGAGAUUGUGACAACCGUGUUUAUGGGACUAUUCGAUCAACUUGAGUUGGAAACAGACGAAACAUUAGCUUCGCGGGUUUGUACACUGUUGAUUAGUGCCACUAUGAUUGCAUCGGAGGACCUGUUCCCCAAGCUGCUGGACCGCAUUUUCCACUGUAUUCGCUGCACUUGCCAUAUCCCUAAACCAUCACCAUCAGCACCAACACUACAACCAUCUUUAGCCUCGAGGCUCGGUAUGGCAUCAUCCCUGUCAUCAUCACUUAGCAGCAACCAUCACCUCUCCCAACCUCCUAGUCCACGGAUCGCUUGUCAAUCAUUGCCUGCUUCUAUUGGAAUUAUCGACUUAUUUCAGCAUGCGUUGUACGAUCCGAACGGGGCUUCCAGAGUUGAUACUUUUUUCAGUCUGUUAGUUAGGCUAGCUGUCAACCAGAGCGUUCAUAAAGCUAGCAGAUUGGUCCUUCUUGACUUUUUGCUCUGUCUCCGCGUAGACUUGGAUCACAGGAUCUAUUGCUCUAGCGCUAGCACGAUAGAGAGUAUGACUGCUGCUACCGAACAGCUACUUAGCGAAGAGACGAGGCAGGACAGAAGUGAACGACCUGUAGCUAAUCUUGGCAACAAUCAUAUGAGGCUGAGUACGACGGCGCCACAUGCGUCAGCUGGAAGGCAGCACUCAGAACCAUCGUCAGCACACCCAUCACUCAAUUGGAAGCCGCUCAUGCAAGGCAGGACUAUGCAGGCGAGUCCAUAUGUCAUCUCGUACCUCGAGAUUGCCUCAACGACAGCGGAAUCUUUGAACACCGAAACGUUGCCAGCACCUAUGGUGGGGUGUGCCAAAGUCAUCCUUAAUAUUCCACUGUACAUGACAGGGGUACUGUCAAUUUUGGGGCAAGAAAAGGAUUUUGAGAUUUAUUCAUUUGUUAUUCAGCGGCUACCAUCGCAGCUUUUUAACAAACAUUUAUUCUGUAACAGUACUAAGCAAAUCACAGAGCUCAACAGCGUUUUGGUGGAUAUGACACUUAGAGAUAAGAUCCCUGAUUCGCUGCGCAACUUGCCACUCAGUGCGAAGCGUCAUAACAUCCAUAUACUUGCCUACAAAGUUCUUGUCGUCUUGCUCUGUUAUCACAGUAAGUUCAACACCAAAGAUCUGCAUGAUCUUGUGCAUGCCUUCGUAUUCGGUCUCUCUCGUCAAGCGACAUGCGCCAAGAUUUGCAUUCAUGCGUUGGUUGUAUGCUGCUACGAGCUUCCGCAAUCGAUGACGAAGCACCUUUCGGGAACCGUCUUGAAGCUCUCUCAGAUCAUGUCAACAGCAACCAUCAGCGUCCAUAUUCUCGAGUUCUUAUCAACUGUCGCCAGGUUACCAAAUCUUUAUUCUAAUUUUGUUGAGAGUGACUACAAGCGUGUUUUUGGCAUUGCUCUUAAGUAUAUCCAGUAUACCCACAGCGUUGCAGGUAGUAUUCAUGCACCACCUACAUCAUCGACGUCAACUUCAACUUCCUCUCCAACUUCAUCUGUAUCUCAGAAUCAGCAAUCAGCUGGAGCAAGAGCUCUUCCGCAGUAUGUAUUGAUCCUGGCAUAUCAGGUUAUCGAUGUUUGGUUCAUACUUCAAAGGUUACCGGAGCGCAGAAAAUACGUGCCAUAUAUUCUCCGAAACCUUCUUAUGGCAAAUGAAACAGGAAAAAGACUGGACGAACAAACAGAGACAUGCAUGGACAUGCUUGCCCGGUAUUCUUAUGCGAACUGUGAGCCCAAGCCUAAGCCAUCAUUGAUCCAGCAACUUUUAGUAGGAUCAACAAAGAAGGCUGGAAAGGCUAUCACGAAGACUUGGAUUCAAGGAAAUGCAUUCAUCACUGUACAAACAGCUCAAAACAUUGGAUGGGCUGAGAUCACAGUUCGCAGAGCGUCUGGUACAGCGUCAUUUUUGCUCAAAAUUGAGAACGAAACUUUUUUGCAUUCCACAGAUGAACUUGAUUUCACUGCUCUACCAGGAUUGAUGAGACUACAGGACGAUGCAUUAGCUAUUGAUGUGGUAGCCCAGCAAUCGACAGAGACAUCCGUUACAGCUGGUGAUACAGCUACUGAUAGCGAGCAAAUAUCUGAUCCAACACUGGAUACUGAAGGUCGACAGGGUGAAGAAUCUCAACAGACGGCAUCCAUUUCUGGACUAUCACAAAGGUUGACCGAAGCACGGCCAUCGUGGUUAUCGCCACGAUCAACACCACAACAUACGCCUCUUCACACACCACUCCACACACCUCGCCAUACACCUCAUCAUACUCCCAAGGCGUCUCCCCUUCCAUCUGGUGACAAUACGCCUUCCAGUUCGCCGCCUGCACGCUCUUUCCUGAACGCUACGGCAUCCAAACUGGCAUUUGAAGGUGGGCAUCACCGUGUGCAAACAGCCCCUGUGGAGCAUGUAGCCGUAUUUUCAUCGCCAUCGCUUCAUCCGCUUCAAGAAUCCGGCUUACCAAUGCAUAGCCAAGAUGAUGGAUCCGGGGAUUUGGAUAGCAAACUUAAUCAUGCGUCGGUCUCACAUUUGGACCCGACUCAGCUCCACAGUGCACUCCCAGGCCCAGUAGCAUCAGGGUUAUCCUCAGCUACCGCAGCAAAUAUAAUGUCAAACCUGGGAAGAUCUAAAUCUGCCUCAGAGCAUGCUGGACCAUCGAACAAAGCAAACGCUAAGCAUGCGGAGCUGAGCCGCGGUCCUCUAGGAGGCGCUUUGGAACAGACCAAAUCGCUUUUAUCACAUCCAGUGGGGAGUAUUAAACGCGACGAUAUACGUAGGUCCAUCUCAAUUGCAGCUUCACGCAAUAAUAGUAUCACCGUUGGAAUGGGUCGAUCCAGUCGGUAUGCACUUGGACACGAUGAUCAUCGACCUCCAGUUUUAAUGGAGAGCAACACUGGGUACUACGAUCGCGAAAGUAGUACGGAGGGAGUACGGUCCCUUACUAGAGGAAAGCCGGAGACAUUUGUGGAUCCGAGUUUCCUGUUUAUGCAACUGACAUCCUACCCUGACUUGAUGGCACGUGAAACUCCGAUUCUGCUGGCAGAUGAUGGUGCAACGAAUCGAGCCAUUGGUGUGCUGGAUAGGACUCCUGUAGUGGAUUUCCACAAAAUUGGAGUUUUAUAUGUUGGUAAAGGACAGAGUAAGGAAAGUGAAAUUUUGGGUAAUACUCAUGGAUCAUCAGAGUAUACAAAGUUCCUCACAGGACUAGGAUCGCUAGUUCGUCUCAAGAAUGCCAAGAUCUAUACAGGUGGUCUUGAUUUAGAAAUGGAUCUUGACGGUGAAUAUGCUUAUUCGCAUCAGGACGAAAUUACACAGAUGAUCUUCCACGUGGCAACGAUGAUGCCCAAUCACCCACACGAUGUCAACUUUGAUUUCAAAAAGCGACACAUCGGCAACGACUGGGUGACAAUUGUUUUUAAUGAUUCAGGAGCUGAGUAUGAUUUUGGCACGAUCUCUGGCCAAUUCAACUUUAUUACGUUAGUAGUAACACCCGUUUCGAUGGCAUCAGUCACUUAUACUGAGGCUGCAAGUAGGAUCAGUCACCAACACCAUCAGCAGCAGCAGAAUGUUGGAGACAUCAGUGAUUCUCAAGGUCAAGACAGAGGAACACAAGAUACCGCAAUAACGUUUGCGCUUACAGGUUCGACUGCGACUGGAUCUAUUCCAGGAAUUGUCCAGUCUUUUAAAAAUGUAUGGUUCAAGGUUGUGAUGCUUAGACGGUCAGAUAUGCCUGAAAUCGGACCCUUGGCGUCACCCAAGAUCAUUAGUGCUUCAGAACUACCUCGAUUUACGCGGCAGAUGGCUCUCCAUGCCAACAUUUAUGCACAGGUUUAUUAUCAGCACCUUCAGAACUCCGUAGAAUACGUGUCAAACUGGCAAGAGCGACUGCGGCAGAUCAAACGCGUUAAAGAAAGAUUGGCUGCUGGUGCAUCAACAGGAGGAUCUGGAGGCGGAAGUAGUGUAAAUACGAGUAGUUCGGCAGGAAAUGUAGCAGGGACAUCUGGCGGAGGGUCAAUAUUGAACACAACUGCCACCGCUGGAGGACGAGGAGCUAAUGGACUUAGUACUGGCGGAAGUGCUUCAGCAAUAAGCUCAGGUACAACUGGAACAAAUGGAGGAAAUCAAGGAAGUGGAGGUAAUAGCUCAAGUAUCGGCUUAGGGCUUGGACUGGGUCUCGGAGCAAGCAUUGGUCUUGGAUCCUCGUCCUCUUCUGCGUCAGGAGCAAACACUUCGAGUGCGGGGGGGCAGCAAGGCCAACAGGCGAGCAUCCUUAAUCUGGAGCAAGUUGUCGACUUUACGCGAUAUGCUUAACUGCUUUCUUCUUUGUUAAUAUAAUUUGUUUAGAAUUUCCUUGUCGCAAACAAUAAAUAAAAGAGUUUGCGCAACAACGCGCUCAUCGU